UAUGGCGAAUGACAGCAGUACAGGCAUGCGACAGCAAAAACGUGUGUUUGUUACAGUGGGAACAACAGAGUUCGACAGAUUAAUUAGUGUGUUUACAACAGAAGACACAUUUAAGGUAUUAGAGAAGAAAGGAUUUACGAGUGUAACAUUACAGACAGGAAGAGGAAGCAGUGAACCGUUAUGUGGACAAGUGGGAAAAGUUACAGUGGAACACUACAGAUACAAACCGAGCAUACAGGAUGACAUCUCUUCUGCUGACUUGGUCAUCAGUCAUGCUGGAGCUGGUAGUUGUUUGGAGACCUUGGAAGCUGGGAAACCAUUGCUGGUGGUAAUCAAUGAAGACUUGAUGGGUAACCACCAACUAGAACUUGCCAAACAACUGCACCAAGAUGGCCAUAUAUACUAUUGUGAUUGUGGGUCCCUUUUACAGACUUUGCAAGAAAUUGAUAUAGACAGUCUAAAGUCAUUUAACAAAGGUGAUCCUUCAAAAGUUUGGUGUUUUUCUGGACAAUAAAAUGGGAUUUUCCUGACAAAGGAAGAUCUUAAAUGUCCUUCAUUAUUAUAGAUCUCUGUAUCAGUGAAUUGGUAUAAGACAGAUUGAAAUGUA